AUGGCGGCAGCGCCUCUUCUUGGCUGCUGUGCCCCCUUCACUCUCACGGCGGGGGUCAUCCUAUUCACGCUUGCGGCCUUCAUGCAGCACGGGAGCUGGACCUUUGAGGUGCUCGCGGCAAAGGAGGGUUGGUCGCUGGAGGAGAAGGCCAAGUGCUGCCGCAACGCCGCCAUCUUCUACGUCCUCCUGUCAGCGGCGCUGUGGGUGGCUCUCGGCCUUAUGCGUCUGCUUGGAAAGAAGGCGCGCCACCGCGAGUCUCCGCCAGACGCUGCCGCCGGCGUCGAGGACGCCGGCAACGACGGGGAUGACAGCAGUGACAGGAUGGGCCACCGCCACCGUCGCGAGGCGGCGCCGCUUCUGCAGGGAAGCGCCCUGUAA